AAAUACAGUUGGCCAUAACUGGCACCCAUUGACACAAUAGCUCCCGUUCCAGAGACGUAGCUCCUCCCCGCGUACAGCCUGUGUGUGUGAGUGUAUGUGUGUGUGUGAGAGUGUGUGUGUGUGUGUGUGUGUGUGUGACAGCUGGGCUCGCUGCGCUGCGCUCCAGUCUGGUUAAGACGCCUCGUCUCCAAAGAGGAUGACCGUCGGCUCGUGUGGAAGGUACUGCGAUCCCGCUCCGCAGCUCUAGUUGUGGGACACGCGGUCGGUUCCAUCCGUCCAGCUCACCUGCGAGGGGGAGGAAGCUUAAAGCGCAAAGAAAACCCGCCGCUGCUGUUCCUUCUCCCCUCUCCAACAGUGUGGAUUUCCGAUGGAUAUUCCGAUUUGAAGAGGUGUGAUUUGAGCGCGUUUGGCAUGUAACGAGAAGCAAAAAAAAAAAAAGAAAAGGAAAAAACAAAGGAGGCGCAAGAGAAAAAGUAGCGCUCGUUAUUGUCAUUCUGAGACGAGCUCGAGUGCUUCGCAGAGCCACAUCUCAUGGAUUACUAAAGCACAGAGCCGUACCACCACUCCGGGGCACAUCCAUGCAUGAGCUGAAGGCUGAGGAAAAUCUGUAGCAGAGGACCAGCAGCAGCAGCAGCAGCGUUGGUGCGACCAUGAGGUCAGAGGCCUUGUUACUCUACUUCACGCUACUGCAAAUAGCCGGGGCUGGCUUCCCCGAAGACAGCGAGCCUAUUAGCAUCUCACACGGCAACUACACAAAGCAGUAUCCAGCAUUCGUAGGCCACAAACCUGGCAGGAACAACACACAGCGGCACAGACUGGACAUCCAGCUCAUCAUGAUCAUGAACAGGACGUUGUACAUCGCUGCCAGGGAUCACAUAUACACGGUGGACACAGACACCGCCGACAGUGAGGAGAUCUUCUUCAGUAAGAAAAUGACAUGGAAGUCCAGACAGGCAGACGUGGACACCUGCAGAAUGAAAGGAAAACACAAGGACGAGUGUCACAAUUUCAUCAAAGUCCUCCUGCAGCAAAACGACGACACCUUGUUUGUUUGCGGAACAAAUGCUUUCAACCCCUCCUGCCGAACCUACAAGUUGGACACCUUGGAGGCUCAGGGAGAGGAGAUCAGCGGGAUGGCACGCUGUCCGUACGAUGCCAAGCAUGCCAAUGUUGCCCUCUUCGCAGAUGGCAAGCUGUACUCGGCCACCGUAACAGACUUCCUUGCGAUCGAUGCGGUCAUCUAUCGUAGCCUGGGCGACAGCCCGACUCUGCGCACUGUCAAACACGACUCCAAAUGGCUGAAAGAGCCCUACUUUGUCCAGGCAGUCGAUUAUGGGGACUUCAUCUACUUCUUCUUUCGGGAAAUUGCAAUGGAGUACAACACAAUGGGAAAGGUGGUGUUUCCUCGGGUGGCCAGGGUGUGUAAGAACGACCGAGGCGGCUCGCCCCGCGUCCUGGAGAAGCAGUGGACCUCCUUCCUCAAGUCUCGGAUGAACUGCUCCAUCCCCGGCGACUCCCACUUCUACUUCAACAUUCUGCAGGCUGUGACAGACGUCAUCCACAUCAAUGGGAGGGACGUGGUGAUGGCAACUUUCUCCACACCUUACAACAGUAUUCCAGGCUCGGCGGUGUGCGCCUAUGACAUGGCAGAUGUGGCCAACACGUUCACAGGGCGUUUCAAAGAGCAGAAAUCCUCCGACUCUACCUGGACGCCUUUUCCUGAAGACAAGGUUCCCAAGCCGAGGCCUGGCAACUGUGCCGGCACUCCAUCCAUGGAGAGGUACAAGGUAUCCAACGAGUUCCCCGACGACACGCUCAACUUCAUCAAGAUGCAUCCUCUGAUGGACGAGGCCGUGCCCUCUAUUGCUAAUCGGCCCUGGUUCCUCAAGACCAUGGUCCGCUAUCGCCUGACGCGCAUCGUGGUGGACAGCGAGGCGGGUCCCAACAAGAACCAAACGGUGGUCUUCCUGGGGUCCGAGAAAGGCAUCGUGCUCAAGUUCCUGGCCAAGAUGAACAGCGGCUUCCUCAACGACAGCCUGUUUCUGGAGGAGCUCAACGUCUACAACCCGGACAAGUGCAGUAUAGAUGGGGUGGAGGACAAACGCAUCAUUGGCAUGCAAAUAGACAGCAAGAGUCAUGCUUUGUGGGUCGCCUUCACCUCCUGUGUGGUUAAAGUGCCACUGUCUCGCUGUGAGAGACACGGAAGAUGCAAGAAGUCCUGUAUAGCCUCCAGAGACCCGUACUGUGGCUGGGUGUCAGAAGGAGCCUGUAGAGAGGUGGUUGGCAACAUAAAAUCGGCCUUUGAGCAGGACGUGGAACAUGGUAACACAGAUGGCCUGGGAGACUGCCAAAAUACCUUUGUGGCACUGAACGGCCACCAUCACCACCAUCACCACACCCUCUCACUCCCCACCUCGGCCCUACCCGAGGCUGCCGAGGGCCCCCUGGGGCGGGGCCGCAUGGUGGAGCGGAAGGACCCCCCCAUGAGCUCAGACAAAGGGGAGGACCCCUACGUGGCUGUGCCCUCUCAGACCCAACCCGAAGCCAAUGGUGUGAUUCGUGAGAGCUACCAGAAGGGUCGUGACCAGCUGGUUCCUGUGACCUUGUUGGCCAUCGCUGUCAUCCUUGCAUUUGCCAUGGGCGCCAUAUUCUCUGGCAUCAUUGUCUACUGUGUCUGUGACCACCGGCGGCGAGACGUAGACCUGACGGGCCGCAAGGAGAAGGACAGCCACCACCUCCAUUCCCGCCGGGGAUCAAUGAACAGCGUGACGAAGUUGACGGGCCUGUUUGAGACGCAGGCCAAGGAUGGGCGUCCCGAGGCCAUCCUCACCCCUUUGAUGCACAACGGCAGAAUGACACCAAGCGCCAAGAUGUUGAUAAAAGCAGACCAACACCACCUGGACCUUGCUGCUCUGCCAACCCCUGAAUCCACCCCCAUGCAGCCCCGUCGCAAGCCCAGUCGGGGAAGCCGCGAGUGGGAGAGAAACCAGAACCUCAUCAACGCUUGCACCAAGGACAUGCCACCUAUGGGCUCCCCAGUUAUAUCUACAGAUCUGCCUCUGAGGGCAUCGCCGGGGCACAUCCCCAGCGUGGUGGUCCUCCCGCUGCCACAGCAUCAGCACCAGCUCCAGUCUCAUCUGCAGCCCCACCAGCAUACCUACCAGCACGAAUAUGUGGAGCAGCCGCACCAUAGUGACCUGAGCAUGGGCCACAGUGUCAUGGAUGACCAGGGGGCCACCCUGGAAUACAAGACAGUGAAGAGCCCGUGUCACAACCUCAACAUGGUGGAUCCAGAUGGGGUGCUGCCGCCCCGUGUGCCCCAGCGAGAGGCCUCUCUCACCGUCCCUCCUGCCGUCCCACAGAUGGGCAAACGCCUGGAGGUCCAUUCCUCAGUCUACGGCCUGCGGAAAGGGUCCGCAUCCGCUGCUUCCGGGUCCUCCGCCCUCAAGAAGCACAACACCAACUCAUCUAACUCCUCCCAUUUGGCGAGACAUCACAGCUUCAACCGCGUGGAGACUCCACCGCCUGCACCUCAGAGGGUGGACUCCAUACAAAUGACAGCACAGGGCAUAUCUCUGUCACGGCAGCCUGGAAUGAGCUCCUACGGUUCACUGCCUCGAACGGGCAUCAAAUAUCUCAAGCCUGAUGUCCCUCCCAAACCCUCCGUAGUCUCUCUCUCCACGAAAGUCAAGUCCAGUGACUCCUGCACAUAGUUAGCUUGUCAGCCAGUCGGUCCAAUGUGAACAAACAGUAGUUAAAGGUUUUUCUGCGAGAGAGGAAGAACAGGGAAUACUGUACAACUUGCAUCUCCGUUUAGUGUUUUUUUGUUUGUUUGUUUUUGGUGUACAGUGGGAAACGCAACACAGAUUUUUUUUUUUUUUUUUUAAAGAAAGACUUUCUUUUUAUAUAAAUAUGUAAAUAUUAUACAAAUGGUUGUUGUCAUUUGUUACCGUCAUAGAGCUUAUGCUCUGGCUGGCUCCCAGUUCCUCUGUAGACACACAUGGGAACAUGUGCUACUGAAACAGAAGAAGAUGACGCUCGUCCUGAAUAUUUCAUCCAACGGCACCCUGUAGCAUCCAAGACCGUGGUUCUCUUGUUUGUGGUGUCUUCUUGGGCAAUUGGGACUCGCCUCGAUAUCUUAUCGUGCUGGUAGAAGCACAUAAGACAGCGGCACGGGGAGAUAAUAAUCGUUGUACAGUACCUUGAGGACUGGGGGACUCUGAGUGAGCAGGCACUCGGGAGAGACCGAGCUCGGACUGACAGGACAGACGGCUGCCUGGGUUCUGUCGGAAACUGUGAAACGCCUCUCAGUGUUACAGCAAUCAAGUUCAUGCCUGGGUUUGACUGAAAGCCUGGCCCGGAAGAAUCCUCUACUGUACUGGUUACUGAACAACACAUGACUGUUAAUACUAAUAGCUUGUUGUAUUUAUUUUUAUUAAGUGCUUUUGGAAAAAAAAAAUAAGAAAAGACUGACUUUGUAGGCUCGGAAUGAGAGAGGGAGGACAGAGAAGAGAUCUUUUAAUAAUAAUUAAUCAAGUGUGAGGAGAAAAGAAAAAUAUUUAAAGUCAUUAAACUGGAGCCAGUAGAACUUUUUUUGAUGACCAAAGGUCCACUAGGUCUUACUGAGGGCUCAGUGGGACCUGCCGCUUGAGAGAUAUGUGAAGAGGAGAAGAUAUUUAUUUAAACUGUGCCAGACAGGGACAUUUUACUUCAUGGACCAGAAAUUCCAUUGUUAUAGACCAAUCAUUAAAAAAAAAAAAAGAGAAAUCUCACCCUUUCACUCCUCCGAUGAGCAAUCCCUCCCUCCCCCCAAUCAGCACUGUGGUUUUUUGUGUGAGUCAGUAACAUUUGUCCUGAUUGGUUUCGGGCUCACCGGUGCCAUCCAAGCUCUCUGUUGCAUGUUGCAAAUAUAAGAAAAACCAGCUGCAGCAACAGUAUGGGAAUCUGCGUACACACACAUACAAAUACGUACAAAAAUAAAAGCUGUAAGUGGCGCUGCGAGCGAACGGCGCGACGCGACUCGACGCCUCCGUCUUUGAACGUUAUCGUCUUUUCUACCGGCGUCACGCACGUGAGCAGGCGAACAAGGAAAGUAUCAAAACAUCUGUAUUGCCUGCUUCUUUUUCCACAUGUAAAUUUGUGCCUUACACCCUAAAGUAGUGACAAUGUUUUCUUUGAUAGCUGUUAACUUUGUCUCCUUGUAGUAUUUUUUAUUUUUUCUUACAUCAUGAUAUUUUCCCUGGUUUGAUAAAAAUGCAAUUAAAGAAUGUAGGUGUUAUUGUUGUAAUUCUGGUCCCUAGACAUAACACACUUACAGUUCAAGGGGAAGAGAGAAAGGAGGAGUCUCUUUCUUCUUUCGCUCUUCCUCUCUGACACACACACACACACACACACACACACACACACACACACACACCCAUAUGCACAUUCACAUGCAAAUACACACACUUACACAUUCAUCUUUGUGGUUCAUUUCUGAUUGUGCCAUUAAUGCGCUUAAAUAAAAUUCUUUAUGUUGUGCUGGCAGUGUUGAUGAAGAAGUUGUGAGUGUUUUUUUUUCUUUCUUUUAUACAAUUUUAAAGUCCUGGCAUUUGUUUUUACUUUUUUCUUUUCUUCUGCCGUCUCAUUGUUUGGACUGAUGGUUAAUUGACCGAUGAACUGAACAAUUUAACGUUUGUCACUUGAGAAGGCCAAUGUGUGCGUAUCUUUCUGGUGCACCGCAAUAAUGAUUCAACGACAACGCCCUAGCGAACGUGCAGGAUGAGCUACACGCGAAGUCACCCAGUGUACUAACAGUUUUUUGGCUUCUUUGUGUGCAUCGUAACUCUUAUUUGUUAGGCAGUUGCAUAAAGCAGGCUGGUUCCUGUGAAGGAAGUUGACAUUUUAAAACAAUAAUAUUACAAAAUGUACCUUAUUUAACCCCUUUUUUUAAAAAGAGAAAAACACAGUUUGAGGGAUUUUAGAUAAAAGUUUUUUAAAAUGUUGCUUCACUAACUCUCGUUGUCAAAGCCUUUGAGAAGGGCUGAGAGUUCGACUAAUCCAACCUUUUUUUUUUUUUUUCCCUUUCACUUCCUUUACUUAAGCAUUUUUAUCGAUCACCCCCCCCCCAACACUUAAAUCAACGGAGCACUCCCUUAGUGUUGUAUGUGUAGAUAGGUGAAAGUUUUGUUGAUAUCAAGCAAUUUUUAUGUUUCUCAAUGGAGGAAAGCCAACUAUGUCUCAAUCCACAGCGAACGGGAGAAGGACGUGUAGGGACCUGACCAACAUACAGUAUGUGUAGAGUGAUGCCCCUCAAGAAGCAUGGCCUGUGGUCAAAUUGAGACAGUUAUUGCCGUGAUUACGCAAAGCUAUGACACAAAUGGCCCAGGAUUAGUGUGAAGGGGUGCGUUUACCUCGGACUUCCGGAACAGCACGGCGCUGUCGGCCGGUAACUGGGCACUGCGAGAGCGUAUUUUACGCCCUCCGGUGAAUGGAGGCGUGCGCCAACCAGCAACUUUCCCGGGCCCUGAAAUAAUGCUGAUGUCACGACUGAAUAUUUCCUGUCCAGAAAUGUUAAGUUGUGUCAGCGUCUCGCCUGUUUUCCAGGAAAAUCCGAACAAGAAAAAAAGGGUCAGUUUGCGUACGACAGCUGUGGGUGCACUUCAGAUUCUAAAAAGCAUUUCGAUGUCGGAGCAAAGUUUGAACAUUUUUAAGACUGGAUUGGGUUUGACUGUGAAGGCUGCUGUGGACAGUGAGGUUCUUUGGUGUGUGCCUUUUUUGUCUUUCACCCUUGUUAUAAUACACUGCGACUAGAUGCAAAUCGACUCUCUUCUCGACUUCUCGACCCUUUUGAACUUUGUAAGCUUGUAAGAUAUUGUGAUGUCACAAAGUUUUUUGCCCUACUCUCUCCACCUCCUUAACAUCUGAUUCACGGCUUAAUGUAUGUUGUAAAGACAAAAACUCUUUAAUUUAAUGCAAAAUGUAAUAAAAAUAAAAAAAAUAAAAAUAAAAUUCGUGUCAUGAAGACCGUGA